AUGGGAAAGUCGUACCCAACGGUGAGUGAAGAUUACGAGAAGGCCAUUGAGAAGGCGAGGAGAAAGUUGAGGGGAUUGAUCUUCGAGAAGCAAUGCGCUCCCCUUAUGCUCCGUUUGGCAUGGCACUCGGCGGGUACGUUCGACGUGAAAUCGAAGACGGGUGGUCCAUUCGGAACCAUGAAGCACGAAGCUGAACAAAAGCAUGAAGCUAACAGGGGGCUUGAUAUUGCUGUCAACCUCUUGGAGCCUCUCAAGCAGCACUUCCCUAACAUUACAUACGCUGAUUUUUACCAGUUGGCCGGCGUUGUUGCCGUUGAGAUUACCGGUGGCCCCGAAGUUCCUUUUCACCCUGGCAGAGAGGACAAGGCUGAUCCACCUCCAGAGGGUCGCUUGCCCGAUGCAACAAAGGGUAAUGACCAUUUGAGGGAGUUGUUUGUGCAAACAAUGGGACUCACUGAUCAAGAUAUUGUUGCCCUUUCUGGUGCUCACACCCUUGGUAGGUGCCACAAGGAUCGUUCUGGAUUUGAGGGUCCUUGGACUUCCAAUCCUCUGGUUUUUGACAACUCAUACUUCACGGAACUGGUGGGGGGCGAAAGGGACGGACUUUUGCAGCUCCCAACUGACAAGGCAUUGCUGGAGGAUCCUGUUUUCCGCCCUCUUGUUGAGAAAUAUGCCAAAGAUGAAGACGCAUUCUUUGCUGAUUACACUCAAGCUCACUUAAAGCUCUCUGAACUUGGGUUUGCUGAUACGGGACACCAGGAGGGAUCUUGA